UCCGACUAUUAAACUUAGUGGCGGUGCUAUUGUACUUUUAUCUUUCUCCCGGCGUUUCUACGGGGGAAGUGAGGGUUCGCAAGUACAUAAGCCCACUGCCCACCUUCUCCCGUACCUGUUUUCUUUCCCAUUCAUACUCGCGCCGAUCUCUCCGCAUCUCAUCUUCAUCCUUACUGGCACACUUAUUCCAACUCUACUCUCUCUUACGAGACAUAUCUGUAACAAAAUGGGCCUCUUCGACUUCUUCAAAUCCUCCAAGGACUCUGCUCCCGCCCAGCAACACCCCACCUGGGACCCGAACACCCUCACCAUGCAGCAGCCCGCUAGCCCCGAGGCCCCAUCUACAGAGCGUGUUGUGACUGAGCAACCGAAUAACCAGGAGGCCAUGAAGACGCAGCUGCGCGGUGGUGGCGCCGGAGAUGUUUGCUGUGGAGUUUGCGCCGGUAUCCUCUGCUUCGAGUGCUGUGAGGAGUGCUGUUAAGCGUUGAUGUCGCUGGUCGGGGACUCAAGGCUCAUAAGGAGGGAGGUCAUGAACUAUGGAUAUACGCUCGGUUCCUGCUGGCAUUGUUUGCCUUGAAGUCUUUUUGGCAAUGUUAUUUUGCCCUAUGAUGCUCAUUUAUACCCUUUGCUAGCUGAUUGCUGGCCAUAGAGAAUGAAUUCUUGAAUAUUGUUGACUUUUCUCUGCUUUCCAUUGCUUUGGGGAACAUUUUUUUUCCUCUUUGAAUUUCCAGCAGGCUGAUCUUGUAAA